UCUUCAUUCAGCGCUCUACACAGUAUGGCCGGCGAUAUUAGCUAGCACUCGCUAACGGUAUUCUCUGUAAAAGGGAAGACGGUAACUCAAGAAAAUCAACACCUGGAUUGCUUAAAGGACUGUACCUCAAUAAAUUAUAAACUGAUCGAGGAAGGAUUUAUUAAGCCGUAAACGUUACAACUCACGCUUAAUAUUUUGUUGGGUGUCUGUUGUCUCAUGAUGGAAGAUAACGGUGCACAUUUCUUCGAGGGGACUGAAAAGCUGUUGGAGGUGUGGUUCUCCCGGCAGGAUGAGACCAAAGGAACCGGGGACCUCCGUACCAUCCCAAGGUUUGAGUGGGACAAACUUCUGGAGAAUGUGCAUUGUUUGAUCAUAAGUGUGACAAAGUCUGACAAGCAGGAAGCUUAUAUACUCAGUGAGAGUAGCAUGUUUGUCUCCAAGAGACGUUUCAUUUUGAAGACGUGCGGAACCACCCUCUUACUGCAAGCACUGGUGCCUCUGCUGGAACUCGCUAGGGAGUACUGCGGCUUCAAUGCCAUUGAGAAUUUCUUCUACUCCCGCAAGAACUUCAUGAAGCCGACCCACCAAGAGUUCCCUCAUCGAAACUUCCAGGAGGAAGUGGACUUUCUCAGCCAGAUUUUCCCAAAUGGUGCUGCCUACUGUAUGGGGCGUCUGAACUCUGACUGCUGGUACCUGUUUACUCUGGACCUACCAGAGUACUGGGAGAACAAGCAUGCGGAUCAGACGCUGGAAGUUCUGAUGAGUGACCUCGAUCCGGCCAUUAUGGACCAGUUCUACAUGAAAGAUGGUGUUUCUGCAACUGAUGUCACUCGUAUGAGUGGAAUUUGUGACCUGAUACCAGGUUCUGUGAUCGACGCCACAAUGUUUAACCCUUGUGGAUACUCAAUGAAUGGAAUGAAGGCUGACGGAACUUACUGGACCAUCCACAUCACCCCAGAGCCAGAGUUCUCCUACGUCAGCUUCGAAACCAACCUCUCCCAGACAUCAUACGAUGAUCUGGUCAGAAAGGUGGUGGAGGUGUUCAAGCCAGGAAAAUUUGUGACCACGCUUUUUGUCAAUCAGAGCUCCAAAUGUCGCAGUGUCUUUUCUUCGGCCCAGAAACUCGAGGGCUACAAACGUCUUGACCGCCAGUUGGCUCAGUUCAACGACUACAAUUUUGUCUUCACAAGCUACGCCCGGAACCACCAGCAGAACCAGCAGAGCUGAGGGUUGAGGAUGAAGAAGAGGCGUAAAAAGAAAGAUGGCUGCUCCUGGCUCCCCACCUGCGGCCGGCUUCACCCCUCAGUAGAGAGCUUGGCGUCUUCCUCUUCUCCCCCACUCCUUGUCCUCCUCCCCCCCUUGUGCUGCUGUCGUUGUCCAGACUCUCAGAGUGCUGACGUGGUCGCGAGCCCUACUUUAUCCUCCAGUUUGAGUUGUUUGCAUUGUUGUUCCUGUGACUUAGAUCUCUUGCAUGAAAGCUCUUUUCUCUGUUUUGAUAUUCUAGCUCACUCUUGCUGUGACCUUGAAGUGCAUGUAGAGGAAUUAAACACGCUCCGUUUGAGGCUAUCCACCUGUGCUGCCCAGUACGACGGUCCCUUCCUGCAGGUGUCCCCCCUCAUCCCCCACAGACAAGGCUUCCGACCGCACUAGGCCAGGGCCCUGACAUGCUCAGAUCAGUCUGCCUCUUUAUGAGCUCAGCCUGCCCUUUUUUCUUUUUUUUUUUCCUUCAUUUUUUUUUAAUUUUCAAAUUCAGACCCAGUCUACAUCUAAUAUUCCCUCCAAUGUUACAAUCGGUAUUUUUGAGUGCACUUUAAAAACCUGUUUAGUCACGGUACGGAAAAAGAAGGCCAACCUCUGUCUCAAGUCUGAUUGAAUGUGUAAGUCAUGGUAAGCUUUUGGCCUUUUCUGAUCUGUCAUACCUGUCCGAGAUCCUUUGAAUGCCAUACUUGCUGUUUAAUGUCAAGCUAUUGGAUAUUUGCAGCUUGUUUAUCUCUGUGCUCUUGGGUUGCCACAAACUGCACUAAAGCAAAAGGCUUUCUGCUUUGCUGGGCUUUGACUCCUCUAGCACCUGUGUUCAUUCAUUUGUGCUCCUCCACCUCGACAAUCGUAUAGUCCUCGCGUUUCCCCAAAUAGACAGGCUUUUAAAGUUGUAUGCCUAGAAAUAUAUGAAUAUGAAUCAUUGAAGACACUUUGUUGCACUCAGCUUCUUUUUGAGCUACAUGUGAUAUAUGAAAUUGUAUAAUAUAUAGGAAGCUUCCAUCCUAUAGACUCCAUAGUCAUAUUCAGCACUCUGAUUUUCCACAUACCCACCAGUUGGUUAAAUGGAAAAUGUUGAAAGUGAAUGUAGCGCAGGCCGUGUAAAGCAGCGGUCUGCCCCCUCCCAUCUUUCGAAUGUACAUGUCUCUAGAGAAAAGCCUGGACCAGGCUGAAUGUACAACUCCAGGAGAGCACACCCUCCUCUUCUCACACUUGCUCACACACACACACACACACACACACACACAGCUCACAAUGACCUCUGUCGAGCAGCCAUUGUCCAGCUUGCAGUAGGUCUCCCCCUGCCAGAGUCAGACUGGCCCCAAAACUGUGACACGACUAGAGCCAGCCCUCCUGGCCAGUGCCCGCUCUGAAUGGGAAAUAAUGAAUCAGACACUUUUUGCUUAGUUGCCCAGCAAAGCAUUUUUCUUCUUGCUACAUAAUAUCCCCCUCUCUCUCUCUCUUUCCGCCCCAUACAGAGAAGUGUAAGCACAUAAUAGAAGCCCACCAGUCUGAGCAUGCCAGGGUGUUCCCGGAUCAUUCCACAUGUAACCGCUGCAUAAACUGCCAUUUUAUUAAAUUUAUUGUGCCCAGACAAUUUUUGCAGUGAAUUGGUUGAAAAUGUGACUCGCCUUGCAGUUUUUUUCUUUUUUGUUUGGAUCAAUGCCCUUUGUUCACCGAGGGGGAAAAUCCUGUGACACUAUGGUGCAUGUGACUACUAGUGCUGUGUUGCUUAACAGUGUAGCGUAGCGCCGUCUCUUCCUCCUUUUUGUCAGUAGGUCUGUGCUUCACCACCCUCUUGUUCUACCAGAUGAAAGUUGUAGCCUCCGCAUCCUGAUGUGUUUUGGUUAGGCGGGGAAUCUUCUAUCUUUUUUGGAGUUGGGUCAACUUGUCAUUAACUUAAAGUUGCAGACAAGUGCUGAAAGCAGGUUAGACUUGAUAUUCGUUACCUCAUGAAACAUUUUUCCUCACCUCUCCACUGCCUGUUGAGUCCAGUGGUGUUCACAGUGCUUCUCCUGCCAGAGAAUGCCCUUUGAAUUUUCGCCCAGAGAAGACCCAGUGGGAGUCUUAACCUGCUUUUAGCCUUGUAGUGUGCAUAUAUAUAUAUAUAUAUAUGCACAGAGUUGGAGCAGUUCAUGUAAAAAUUAGCAGUGAACUUGACACUGGAAUAGUUUGUCUGUCUUGGUGUUUGAGUGGUUUUGUUCUUUCCUUGAGGACCAAUCUCUGCCCUUACAUGAUCUGCUCUCAAACUUGCUGUCAAAUGACUUAGUUCUGCCAUGACUAUUAUGGGUCCUUUUUUUAUGAACUCACACAUUGAGGGACUUGCUAAUUGUACUUGGAUUAAUUACAUUUUAGCCUUGUUGGUGUGGAUUAUUGCUGGGGUUUUUUUGUGUGUGUUUUUUCUUUUUUUUUUUUUUUUUUAUACAGUGAAUUCAAAAUGCAUUUUUGAAGUUGAAUUUUAUACAAAAAAUAUUUUGUGUUUUUGCUGCGGACCAAUAUUUUAUUUUAUUUUUUGUUUUCCCCCCCCCUUUUUGUCCAAAUGUUUAUUUUGUUGUCAAACCAGUGUUCAGAGGUAGUGUGAUCUGAUGUUAAGGGAUGACCUUUUCAAAGCUGACUAAAUCAUUUAUUUUUUUUCACUCUAUCUUCUCUGCAAGUCUUCUGAAAGACUGCAGAGGGAGGGAAAGUGAAAGCCUCCCCACAGGUGAGAGGGUGCAGCUGCAGGAUGUACUGAAGGAGAAACUUUGCUGUUCUAAUUCUUUCUUUUGCUGUUCUUUGGAUUGUCAAGAUGUGCUAAAUAUAUCUGUGCUACGAGCUUGAAGCUUAAUAAAAAAAUAUACUUAUCUGUG